GAGAGAGAGAGAGAGAGAGAGAGAGAGAGAGAUGUGGACACUCCCAGUCAGAGUCAGUGGAGGUGCAGCAAACACUUCUCUCCAGAGCGGGAAGUCACUCACAUCAGCACCCUCUUUGCAGGUUCAGUUUCGCAGCUCGGAGACGCGCCAGGAUGUUCUACUUUCACUGUCCGCCUCAGCUGGACGGAGAGUGCUGUCGCACCAAUACAUUGAAUUCAAGCAGCUUUGGUAACCACGCCCCGGCUGAUUUUGAUGAUGGAUUUCUGCGUAGAAAACAGCGAAGAAACAGAACUACAUUCACUUUGCAACAGUUGGAGGCUUUGGAGGCCGUUUUCUCCCAGACUCACUACCCGGACGUGUUCACCCGGGAGGAGCUGGCCAUGAAGAUCAACCUGACCGAGGCCAGGGUGCAGGUUUGGUUUCAAAAUCGCAGAGCAAAGUGGAGGAAGACAGAGCGAGGGAGCGCAGACCCUGAAGGAGGAAAAGAGCAGAUGAGUGACGGCACUCCUCCAUCUCGCAUCAACUGUCAGUCCCCUGUGGACCACGGCAGAAAGCAGAAAGAACCACUGGAGAUGCAGCAGAGCAUCAACAGGACAGUGGGUCCAAGUGGUCCGUUCUUCCCAUCUUGUAUACCAGGCACACUCCUCAACUCUGCCACCUACGCCCAGGCCCUCUCACAGGUCGCCACACUGAAAGGUAAUGGCUUAUGCUCCUGCUGUGUUUCUGACCCCAUGGGCUUGUCCUUCCUGCCGCCCUACGGUUGUCAGGGAAACCGCACAGCCAGUGUAGCCGCCCUGCGAAUGAAGGCCCGCGAGCACUCGGAAGCUGUGCUGCAGUCCGCCAACCUACUCAGUGCGGCGUCCGGGCCCGGGGCCGGCAUGGGAGUUCUGUCUGGAGUCGGCAUGGGCUCAGCUGGGCUGGCAAGGCCCACAGUGGGUCCCACCAUCGAGGUGCCUGUCGCUCUGGGAAGAGGGGGAGACAGCUCCAGUCCCAGCCCGGCCAACAAGGUCCUGACUCUGGGCAGCAGUCCGGACAAACACCCUCACUGCUCCAAGGAACCACUGGAAAAAAAGUGAAGCACUGGACAUAAACGUGGAUGAACUGAUACUCUAAAUCUGUGUGAUCGUGCCUGUUAUUAUACGGUCCUAUGAGCAACGAAGCACAACUACGGACAGACUCUAGAAACAGUCUGGGAGACUUGACUGAUAUCACAAUGUAUGGAUGCAAACAUUAAAAUAUUUAUUUGACAGUAACUGAUAUUGUUUGUGAGAAACGCUGAAUAUUUGGGGCCUUAUUAACCCCACAGAAGCACAAUGUGGUUUUGGAUCUAUCUGUCUUCACACUCUUGGACUCUAUUUGAUGGACUAAGAUAGAUACGUGAUGUGUGAAACAGAACCUGUUUGAUAAUGUGAAUUAAAGUAUCCUAAUACAGAUCCUCUUCUUUUCAUGAAGAGGACAGAUGCUUACAUUGUGAAUGUUGAUGCAUGUAAACUGUACAGAGCUGAUGGCAGGACAGGGAGGACCUUUUGGUGAAUUUUGGCAAUAUAAUGUUUAUGCCAUCAGGUCAUUUAUGGGCUCAAACAAUCUCUAAUUCUUUUUGAUUUUAAAGUGAAAGUGCACUUUAUUAUUAAUCAGCCACUUUUCAGUGUAAAUGUGUACAUGUGCCAGAAUACAGUAUGUCCAUGUGUGAACCCCAGGCAGGCAAAAGCAGACGCAGUGACGGAGCACACUGUUAGCACAUCUGUAGCGCCAGCAGACAGGGAGUACACCCGUCCUGUUGUGACAUGUUCUUUAAAACAAUUAAAGAUGUAGUCGCUCAUGUUCCUCUCCUGUUGCCUCUCACUCCAGCCAUCUGUUCUGAUACAUUAUUUAUCAGUUUCCCUUAAAGCUGGGAGAGGAGAGCAAUCGUGACUCUUAUUAUUUAUUUACUUUUAGGAACGCUCACCCUCUUCCUCUUCCUCCCUCUCUGAGCAUUUUUUGAUAUUCCCAUUAAACAUGAAAUAUGUUAUUUAUAAGUGUUGAAUUUGCAUUUAAAAAAAACAUUAUAUCAGGCCUCUCCAAACAGUAUUUUUCACAGGAAAUACAUUUGUUUGUUCCUAAAUAUUUCUACACUGGCUCUUGACUUAAGAAUCAGCUGAUCACAUUGCAAAUACUUAACCGCAGAGCACACAACCAGCAGUUGGGCUGAUUCAAUUUGUGUCCUUGAGGAUUUUCAGGAAAUUACUUUUGAUAGUCAAUAACACAAUUAAGUAAACUACACACACAUUAUCAUGAAUAAUUGAUAAGAAAUUAUGUAUUACCAUGAAGUACUGGUUCAAUAAUUGAUGAGGCGACACCCUGGUGACAUAGAAGAGCGAGAUAAUGUCAGAAGUCGUGCCAGGUUGUACACAGAGU